AGCGGGGCAUGUGUGGGAGACCUGGGAAAUCCAGACGAAGUCUGAAGUUUAGGUAAUAGGAUUAUAUCAAUAUCUGACUCAGUUUUGACACAUCAGCCUGGUUACUGCAGAUGUUAAAAUCCAGGGAAGCUAGGUGAAGUGUAUAUGGGAGCUCUGUGCUGUCUUUGCCACUCUCUGUAAGUCUAAAAUCAUUUCAAAAGAAAAUGAUUGAAAGUUGCUAGGAUUCUCUCUCUGUUGCUGCACCUUAUCCGUGGAAACCUUCUCGUUUCAGGGAUGAUGCAGUGUGUGAUUGCAGUCGCGGACAAAGUAUUCGAUGCCUUCCUGAACAUGAUGGCAGAUAAAGCCAAGACCAAGGAGAACGAGGAGGAGCUGGAGCGGCACGCUCAGUUCCUGUUGGUGAACUUCAACCACAUCCACAAGAGGAUAAGGAGGGUGGCAGACAAGUAUCUAUCUGGUCUGGUGGAUAAGUUUCCCCACUUGCUCUGGAGUGGGACUGUGCUGAAGACCAUGCUGGACAUCCUGCAGACCCUGUCACUGUCACUGAGCGCUGAUAUUCACAAGGAUCAGCCUUACUAUGACAUCCCCGAUGCCCCCUACCGGAUCACGGUUCCUGACACGUACGAAGCCCGUGAGAGCAUUGUGAAGGACUUCGCUGCACGCUGUGGGAUGAUCCUGCAGGAGGCCAUGAAGUGGGCGCCUACCGUCACCAAGUCCCACCUGCAGGAAUAUCUGAACAAACAUCAGAACUGGGUAUCGGGACUGUCCCAGCACACGGGGCUGGCCAUGGCCACUGAGAGCAUCCUUCACUUUGCUGGCUACAACAAGCAGAACACAACUCUCGGGGUGCUGAACCGCACAUGA